AUGCUUUUUAUUCUGUGCUCAGAGCAGAAGUAUGUGUGGAAGCACAAGGGCCAGCAUCCUACCUGCCAGCCUCCUCACAUCUCUGUGUUGGCAGCUGCCAGGCACAGGGCCCGUAGGCAUAUUUAUAAUUUUCCUUUCCUCCCUGCCCUUCAGCUCAGCUAUUCUACUGAAGAUUGUUCCUUUGAAGAGGAGAUACGCCCAGAUGGCUACAACGUAUAUAAAUCAAAGAAACAUGGGAUCUCUGUGUCUUUGAGCAGUGCAAAGCAAAGACAGCAGUCCAAGGGAAAAGAUUUUCUUCCACUAUCUCACUUUUUACCUAUGAUCAACACUGUGCCUGUGGAAUCAACAGACUUUGACGAAUUUAGUGAUUAUAGCCAGGCUUUUGAAUCAGAUGUGUAUUCCUCGCCUCUUGAAACUGACAGCAUGGAUCCCUUUGGAAUCUCCUCCAAACUGUCUCCAGUGAAGAGCCCAAGCUUUCAGAAAUGACUCCAAUUACAAAGUUGAUGUCAAAGAAAUCGCAGAACACUACAGGCUUUAAAUUUUUCAUGUACUAGUAUUUUGAACUUUUUUUUUUUUUGUAUGGAGCCAGACUUUUGCUUACAAUGUCUUAUACCUGGAAGAUAUGAUUGCUCAGAGGCUGUAUUCCAGAGAAUUGCCUCCCUAUCCAUACUUCAUUUGGGGAAAAGAAAGAUUCAAUA